UGGUUCAACUUGGGGUCAAUAUUUACAUAGAUCAUCAUUAUCACUCUUUAGCUGAAAUUAACGCCCAGCUUAUCUUCCCCAAAUGCAAUGAGGGGUACUAAAAACAGUUGAACUGUGCUCGUAAGCAGUAUUGUUAUUCCACAACAUAUUUGCAAGUCUUAGAGCAAGAAAAUGGCAACGAAACGUAUUGCUCUGCUCAGUGUUUCCGACAAAACCGGUCUCAUCGAAUUCGGUCAAAAUCUUGCCGCUCUUGGUUUUCGUUUGGUUGCCAGUGGUGGCACUGCCACUGCUUUGCGCAAUGUCGGUUUAAUUGUUGAUGAUGUCUCUGACAUUACAGGUGCUCCAGAAAUGCUUGGAGGACGUGUUAAGACGCUCCAUCCAGCUGUACACGCUGGCAUAUUGUCACGCACAACUGAAAGCGAUCUUGCUGAUAUGCAGAAGCAAAACUUUGAUUUGAUCAGCUUAGUUGUUUGCAAUUUGUAUCCAUUUGUGAACACAGUGUCCAAGCCUGAUGUGACCGUAGCUGAUGCUGUUGAGAAUAUUGAUAUUGGUGGUGUAACGUUAUUGCGUGCUGCAGCUAAAAAUCAUGCUCGUGUUACCGUGAUCUGUGAGGCUGGCGAUUAUGCGAAGGUGUUGGGCGAAAUCAAGCAAAAUGGUGAUACUACAGUGGAAACCAGAAAAGUAUUGGCUCUCAAAGCUUUCACACACACUGCUACCUACGACGAUGCCAUCUCGGAUUACUUCCGCAAGCAAUAUUCUUCGAGCGUAUCGCAACUCAAUCUGCGUUAUGGCAUGAACCCACACCAAAAACCCGCACAGCUCUUUACGCAACUCGAAUCGCUCCCACUCAAGGUGGUCAAUGCAUCACCGGGUUUCAUUAACUUGUGCGAUGCGCUAAACGGUUGGCAAUUGGUGCGUGAACUGAAGCGAGCAUUAAACCUGUCUGCCGCCACUAGCUUCAAGCACGUUUCACCUGCUGGUGCUGCUGUGGGUACACCGCUCAGCCGAGAGCAAGCCAAGUUGUGCAUGGUUGAGGAUCUGUACGACAGUUUGACACCUCUCGCCACCGCUUAUGCGCGUGCACGUGGCGCAGAUCGUAUGUCCUCUUUUGGUGAUUUUGUAGCACUCUCUGAUGUUUGUGAUGUUGUAACGGCAAGAAUCAUUUCACGUGAAGUUUCCGAUGGUAUUAUUGCACCUGGUUAUGAGCCUGCGGCUUUGGAGAUAUUGAAGAAAAAGAAAAAUGGCGCUUACUGUAUACUACAGAUGGAUCCUGAUUAUGAGCCAAGCGCAUUGGAACGCAAAACUAUUUUUGGUUUAACCUUAGAGCAGAAACGCAAUGAUGCCGUCAUUGAUCCUUCUCUCUUCGCCAAUGUGGUUACAAAAAAUAACACUCUACCCGAGAAUGCUAUACGCGAUUUAAUUGUUGCCACAAUAGCACUAAAGUUCACACAAAGUAAUUCCGUUUGCUAUGCACGCGAUGGUCAAGUAAUUGGCAUUGGUGCUGGCCAGCAAUCGCGUAUACACUGCACACGCUUGGCUGGCGAAAAGGCCGACAAUUGGUGGUUGCGUCAACAUCCACGUGUUGCUGGCAUGAAAUUCAAGGCGGGCGUUAAGCGUGCGGAGAUCUCCAAUGCCAUUGAUAACUAUGUGAACGGCACAGUGGGCAAGGAUAUGCCACUUAGUCAGUUUGAAGCGAUGUUUGAGGAAGUUCCAGCACAAUUCACUGCGCAAGAAAAGGCUGAUUGGCUCAAGCAAUUGGACGGCGUCUCCUUGGGCUCCGAUGCAUUCUUCCCAUUCCGUGAUAAUAUUGAUCGCGCUAGAUUGAGCGGCGUUUCAUUCAUUGGCAGUCCAGCUGGUUCUACAAAUGACGCUGGUGUUAUUGAGGCCUGUAAUGAGCACGGCAUCGUUUUGGCUCAUACAAAUUUGCGUCUCUUCCAUCAUUGAUAAGGAAAACUAUACUACAAUAUUUAAUAUUUUUUAUGUUACACAUUUGCACAUACAUAUGUACAACCUUUAUACAACAGCUUCCUCUUAGUGACAGUAAGCCCUUCGAAAGAUUACUAAAGUAAAUCAUUAUACCUACUUAAAUAAAUAAUAUUUGAUCCUAGACAAAACUGCUUAUCAAUUUCCAAUAUUGUCUCAUUGACGGCAAAUCCAUAAAAAACACUCUAUUAUUUUAAUCUAAAUUUAAAAAUAUUUAUUUUGACGCUAUUUUUAC